AUGUGGGGAUGGCUCACCUGGUUCUCGGAGCUGGGCACGACACUGCUGACGGCCCUCUAUUGCUUCGUGGUGCUUCAUGAUGUACGUUCCACAGAAAGGUGGAGCUCCAGUAGUUGGUAUGCGAAUGGUUUUUGUGUGUCAGAAUGGAAGGUCGGAGGGCAAGGCAUCGAUAGCCACAGCCUGAGCUGCGCCCUGGACGUGCUGCUGGGUCUGUCGCUGAUGCUGCUGAACGCGCGGCGCCUGUCCGCCAGUGCCCUGAAAGGCGACGGGGCAGGGCAGUUCGGACGAGGUCAAGCCGCUGUUCCUCUACAACUAGCCAUCUUUGUGUCGUUCUUUACGGUUCUGCAUGGACUUGCGCAUGGAAUUUUGAGCUUCUUCGGCGGCUUCGACGCCGAGGUGCUGGACCAGCUGCGGCCGCAGCGGGCGCCGCCACUGCUGGCGCUGGCCGUGCUGCUGGCGCUGGCGAGUUUUCUGGCCAUUGGACCCUUCGUAGGCUAUGUUCACGGUGUGCCUGUGUGGCUGUGCCUGCUGAUUCACGGAGUGUCCAUGUUGCUCUUCGUGUUGUAUGUGCCCUUGCAGUUUGCCUUUGGCGCUGUGCAACUUGUGCUGAACCUUUGGAUUUGCAUUCCGCGGUUGAUCCUCAUCAGCCCCAACGAGGCCCUGCGACUUCGUGAUGGAUGGCCGGUGAUCAGCGUGGGCGUGCUUUUGCUGAUGCCCGUCGUUUUCUCUGAGAUGAUGCUCUGCGAAGCUUUCGUGAAAGAUUUUGGAGGCCAUGCGCUGUACGAUGGCUCCUUGCUGCUGCUCACCGCCUGCUACUCUGUGAGUAUCAAGAUGUUGGUCCUGGAUGAGGCGGAUGAGAUGUUGAACCGUGGCUUCAAAGAGCAGGUGUAUGACAUCUACCGAUACCUCCCUCCAUCGACGCAGGUGGUCCUGGUGUCCGCGACCAUGCCACACGAAGUGCUGGAGAUGACGCAUAAGUUCAUGAACAAUCCCUUCAGAGUCCUGGUGAAACGAGAUGAGCUGACCCUGGAAGGUAUCAAGCAGUUCUUCGUGGCCGUGGAGCGAGAACAGUGGAAGUUCGAUACGCUCUGCGACCUCUACGAUACCCUGACCAUCACGCAGGCUGUCAUCUUUUGCAACACCAAGCAGAAGGUCGACUGGUUGACGCAAAAGAUGAGAGACGCCAACUUCACUGUGGCCUCUAUCCACGGCGAUAUGCCACAGAAGGAGCGUGAUGCCAUCAUGCAGCAGUUCCGCAGCGGCAGCAGCCGCGUCUUGAUCUCUACAGAUCUCUGGGGUCGCGGUUUGGAUGUGCAGCAGGUCUCAUUGGUAAUUUGCUACGACCUGCCCAACAACCGAGAGCUCUACAUCCAUCGCAUCGGCCGGUCGGGUCGUUUCGGCCGCAAGGGUGUGGCCAUCAACUUUGUGAAGAAUGAUGAUAUCCGAAUCUUGCGAGAUAUUGAGCAGUACCAGGGCUUCGCUUAUCAAGAUGUCCUGGGCAGCUACAAGUUCAAGGUCAUGCGCUGCGUGCACGAAAGUGAGGGCGAUGUGGUCAUGAAGCUCUUCAUCCACAGGGAUGGUCAACCCGAUCUCAAGGAGUUGCAGCGACGGAUCCAUCAGGUGCGCGAUGCCUUGCGCUCCAGCUGGCGCCAUCCCAACGUUCUGCCGUACCAGGCGGUGCCGUUUCAGCACAUGAAAUGGAUCUUAUUUAAUGGUUGCGAUGGAGAUUUCCGGCCAGUCUUCCGUGCUGCUGCGGCAGCAUUUCGUGCUCGGAAGCCUGGCCACUUAGUGCGAAAUCUCAACGAUCGCAUCCACACCCGGCCCUUCUUGUCGGCUGUGGAGAAGAAAUGGCUCUCCUUUCAGGCCCUGGCAGCCGUGUGCCAAGCCCACUCUGCGGGCGUGGCGCAUGGUGACUUGAAGACCGAGAACUUCUUUAUCUCGUCCUGGUCGCACGUGAUCUUGACGGACUUCGGCACCUUCAAACCGCUGAUGCUGCCGCAGGACGAUCCCACAGAGUUUUCCUUCUUUUUCGAGUCAGAUCGCAAUCGUCACCGGUGCUACUUGGCUCCGGAACGCUUCGAGGGUUCAGGGGGUGCCGGUCCUUCGCGUGGCCGCUUCUCUCGCGAACUGGCAGCCAUGGAUAUCUUUUCUCUGGGCUGUGUCUUGUCGGAGCUCUUCCAAGAUGGCCAAACGCUUCUGGAUUUGCCCCAACUGAGGGCUUAUCGGCAAGGCGCUUUCGACUUACGAGAGAAAUUGUCUGGUUUGGACAGUGACAUGCAGGAUUUGAUCAACUCGAUGUUGAGCCGAGAUCCUGCCAGACGAAAGUCGGCCAUCGAAUACCUGAGAGAAUGGUGUGAGCGGAUCCUGCCCAGAUCAUUUUGCCGAUGUCUUUUUCCACUCUCCGUCUUAAUGUUGCAUCCCUUGUAUCACCAGCCGGACAUGCGGGUGGCACUGCUGAGACGGAACUUUGCUUCACUGGUCUGGUUGACGUCUGGAGCGAGACCCAUUGGAGGCUACCUGGGUUUCAGAGGAAAAGAAGAUGACGCAAAUGUUUGGAGAGCCUGGCAGAAACAUGUGGAGUCCAACGCCACAAAUCUGGAGAGUGUGAUGCACAGUAUUGUGAGCCAUGGCUUGCAGGCUGCGUCGCAGUUGAAGCCCGAAGCGUUUGAGGCACUGGAGUCACUGGAGACCGAACCACAGAAGGAGACCCACCAGGAGUUGCCAAGUUCUGAGGGAAGGUCUCUGACUCAGCCACUGGUCAAUGAGCCGGCUGCAAUGUCUGGCGCCUUUGUGCGGGUGGACGUCGAAGAUGAGGUUGUGCUGCAGUUUCAAGUAGGAAAAAACACCAAAGUUGGCAUCCAACUCUUGGAAGUUGUGAAAAACAGUGACCCGCACAGAGAUUUGGAAAAGGUGGAAUUGACGUGUGAUUUCACCUGGAAUAGCGGGGUGAACUUGAGGAAGGUGGCGAGCAUCGCGGCAGUCCUGACGUUGCUGGCGUUGGUUGGCGCCGUCUUCCGCGGUGUCGCAAAGGACGGCUGCAGCGAUUUAGCAGCGCUACAGCAGAAGGCGUCAGUGGAGGUGGAUAGUGCUAUCCAAGCGGCUACCUCCAAGCUCCUGAAGAUGAACAAGAACCAAAGUGUGGCGGACGACACGGUGAUGAAAACCAUGGUGAAGGCUGGUCAGGAUCUGCGCAAGAAGUGGGAGAAGCACCACGUUCGAAAGUUGGAUACCCUGGCCACCAUCAAAGCUCUGAAGAAGUUCCGCAGCGGCGAGAAGACCAGGAUUGCUGCCAAUGCGGAAUGUUCCUUCAAUGUCCUGGAAGCUUUCGUCUCCGCCGUGGGCAUGGGAGACGACCUGAACGCCAUCAUUCGCACCUGUCCGCCGCCACGGGAUGGCGAGUCGGAGCUGGCCUGCCAGGUGAAUGGAGCGAUCCUGGUGGCGUGGGUGGGCAAUUUGGCCACGAAACUGGCCUUGGCGGCAUCCAACUGUGCUCUUAGCACCAAUGUGGACGCAGUCUGUUCUGCUGGAGUCACCGGAUUGGUCUCUGCCAUGGGAGAGAUUGCUGCUGGCGCUUCCCUGGGUGCGGCCACCUGCACUCCAACUCCUCCAACCUUGAGCACUAGCAAGAUCAGUGUCCUUGGAGAUCAGACGAAACCCCCCUACCGACGGCUGCUGAUUGGCGAGGGCACCGUGGGAAAUGGCGUGCAAUGCGGUGUGGAUGUGGGAAUGGUGGCCGCCAACAUUGCCAAUUUGGGCAUUGCCAUCAACAAAGCGGUGAAUGUCAACAAAUGCAAAAAGAGCACCUUCCGAACACCGUUGAACGUGCUCAAAGGCAUUCCAGAGGCUCUCUGUACUGUUGACAUCGGCGGGGCUGUGGCCUACAUGAGUCAGGUGGUCACCUUUGUGAACCUCAUUGUGGUCCAUUGCCAGGACCUUUUGGACGUCAACGCCCUUUGCGCCGGCUCCAUCGCCGCCAUCACCACGGGCGCCGCAGCCAUUGCACCCUAUGGCGCCGCUGUGCACGCGGCGUGUCGCUACAAUCACCUCUUGAAGACUCCCAAGGCGAUUCAGAAGAUCAACGCGCUCUACACCGCACCCAGUGUCGAUCCGGUCUCUGCACGGAGGCUUGAGGCCGAAGAAACGCCAAAGUUGAAGGAGAGUUUGGCCAAGAUUUCAGAUAUGCGUCAUCGCCUGAAAGAGCUGAGAAAAAAUGUGGACGUGCCGGAGGAGGGCAACACGGAAGCAGACAUGCAGAGACUUCUGAGUCUGAUACAGGCAGACGAACGACCACCCCGAGCAACGUGGGCCUUCGAAGAAUGCUGA